GUCCAAGCUCGGCGCAAGAAGCUCGUUCUUUUGCAUGCCCCGCAUCCCAAUGUGCAAGAAGAGAAAUUCGAAUGCGCGAGCAGCAAGUUCGUAAAUGUACUAGAUAGUUUCCCCCGACGCAAUUAUAAGCGCACGGCCUGUUCCCGCAUCGCCUCUGUUCCUCAAGGCGCUCUCACAUACAUUCAUCUAGAGCGAGAUUCGUGCAACUGACAAACACCAUGCCAGCUGAUACCGUCGGAAAGACCAUCACCUGCAAGGCGGCCGUCGCGUGGGAAGCCGGCAAAGAUCUAUCGAUCGAAGAAAUCGAAGUUGCCCCACCAAAGGCACACGAGGUCCGCAUUGAGAUUUACUACACUGGUGUCUGCCACACGGAUGCGUACACACUAAGCGGCAAAGAUCCCGAGGGCGCAUUCCCAAUCGUCCUGGGCCACGAAGGCGCCGGAAUCGUAGAGUCCGUUGGCGAAGGCGUCACCUCUGUCAAACCGGGCGAUCAUGUUGUAGCUCUAUACACUCCAGAAUGUCGAGAGUGCAAGUUUUGCAAGAGCGGGAAAACGAAUCUUUGUGGCAAGAUUAGAGCUACCCAGGGCAAGGGCCAAAUGCCUGAUGGCACUACGAGGUUUAAGUGCAAGGGAAAGGACUUGCUGCACUUCAUGGGUACCUCAACCUUCUCGCAAUACACCGUUGUUGCAGACAUUUCGGUAGUCGCUAUCACCGACAAGGCGCCAAUGGACAGGACAUGCCUUCUCGGCUGUGGCAUCACCACCGGCUACGGAGCAGCGGUCAUCACCGCCGGCAACGGCAAGGGUGUUGAAAAGGGUUCUAAUGUCGCUGUCUUCGGUGUCGGCUGCGUUGGUCUGUCCGUCAUACAGGGCGCUGUUAAGAACGGGGCUGGAAAGAUCAUCGCCAUUGAUGUAAACCCCUCGAAAGAGGAAUGGGCCAAGAAAUUUGGCGCCACUGACUUUGUGAACCCAAUGAAGCUCCCUCAGGGCCAAAGCAUCCAAGAAAAGUUGAUCGAGAUGACCGAUGGUGGCUGUGAUCAUACGUUCGACUGCACUGGCAAUGUCCACGUCAUGCGAAGUGCCCUGGAGGCGUGCCAUAAGGGCUGGGGUGAAAGCAUCAUUAUUGGCGUUGCUGCCGCAGGCCAAGAGAUCUCUACUAGGCCAUUCCAGCUUGUUACAGGUCGCGUAUGGAAGGGCUGUGCAUUCGGUGGCGUCAAAGGCAGGACACAGCUUCCAGACCUUGUCGCUGACUACAUGAAUGGCAACCUGAAGGUGGACGAGUUCAUCACACAUCGCCAGAACCUAGCCGGCAUCAAUCAGGCAUUCGCAGACAUGAAGGCCGGUGACUGCAUUCGCUGCGUGGUGGAUAUGAGAGCACAAUGACUCCGUACGGAUAAAGGACUGAUCAAUCAUGAUAACUCAUUGUACAAAAGCAAUUUGUAGAAGGGUGGAACUCUUUGAGGUUCUCGCCUUAGCCGUGAUCAGACGCGUCUCAUCACGUGAUAUAAUCAGUUCUACACCAACUUGUACGCCUCAAAAAAUCAAAAACAUUUGAAUGAUCCAUUUGUUGUCAAAUACAAAUCUUCUUUUCUUCUCCAAGGGAUAUUAGUCAACUCUAUUGGAAAUGUUCAAAGUCUCAGCCUUAUGUUACUUCUGAUCUAGAGAGAAAUUAUCUCACA